AGUGCGAAAAUACUAUGCCAAACGGGCGCCGUCUCGUUUGCUGCCUGCGCGCGUCUCCAAGGAUGAGAAGAUGCUUGGAUGCAUCCAUUACGGAUUUCGUUCUUAUUUGAACUGACUACCGAUUUAACUAUGUUCAUGUAUACGUUGCUGCACCCUGUUCGUGUAGUUUGUGGGUUCUGCUUAUGUUGAACGUGCUAUCGGUGUAUAAAGUCCUUUCGUUGCGUUGGUGCUGCGGAAUACAAGAGAGCCGAGCUAACAUCCGUGGAAGAGAGCUAAUCAAUUUAGAGAAGAGGAAAAGAGGGUUAUAGUUAAGGGGUUGGGGAACUGACGAGAAGAGAGGGAACGAAAGGAGAGAGAACGUCGACCUCACACCCCAGAAAUUGAAACAGAAAGUGAGGAGCAUCUACCCUCCAUAGAGACACUCCUUUCAAGAGCCGAUUCACCAAACAUCUCCUUUUUUAUUGGAAUAAUUGUCAGGGGACAAUUAUUAAUUCUCUAAAAACAAUAUGCUGAAAAAUAGACGGCAUUCUAUAUUUAAACUGACAUGAACAAAGUCAAGUGAGGAAAUAUAAAUGAUAAAUCAAGUGACCAUUUAAUAUCUAACAGCUCUUCAUGGUUUUUAAAACGACUUGAAAGAGAAGAAUAGAAUGUACUGGUAAAAUGAACAUCAAGAGAACCGCUUAAUUGUCUUGUAUCAGAGGUGAUUUAUCAACAUAAUAGAACUAAGGGCGGGUCAUGACCAAUUUGCCAUGCAUGUUGUCAUGAUGACCAGCCCCUCCACCCCCUCCCCCCUCCUCUGGUUGGUCCAGCUUUUGCUGUGGCUUCACCACCAUGGACCUCAGCUGACAGGGGCCGUGCCCCCAUGUCCCAACCCCUGUAGCUGCUCCAAUCAGGCAAGCCGCGUCAUCUGUACAAGGAAGAGUUUAGAGGACGUACCGGACAGUAUAUCUGUGAACACAAGAUACCUCAACUUACAAGAGAACACGAUUCAGGUGAUAAAGUCAGACACGUUCAAGCACCUGCGGCAUUUGGAAAUACUGCAGCUCUCCAAGAAUCACAUCCGACAGAUUGAGGUGGGCGCGUUCAAUGGCCUGCCAAACCUCAACACCCUUGAGCUCUUUGACAAUCGCCUCACGCUGGUACCAUCGCAGGCCUUUGAGUACCUCAGCAAGCUGCGGGAGCUCUGGCUACGGAACAACCCCAUCGAGACACUGCCAGCGUACGCCUUUCACCGCGUUCCCUCCCUGCGCCGCCUCGACCUGGGCGAACUCAGAAAGCUGGACUACAUCUCUGAGGCCGCCUUUGAGGGCCUGGUCAACUUGCGCUUCCUGAACCUGGGCAUGUGCGGCCUGAAGGACAUCCCCAACCUCACACCCUUGGUCAGACUGGAGGAGCUGGAGCUGUCAGGAAACCAGCUGGGGAUCGUCAGGCCGGGCUCCUUCCAGGGCCUGGUGUCACUGCGCAAGCUGUGGCUCAUGCACUCCAAGGUGACGGUCAUUGAGCGCAAUGCCUUCGACGACCUGAAGAACCUGGAGGAGCUCAACCUGUCCCACAACUCUCUGCAUUCACUGCCCCACGACCUCUUCACCCCACUGCACCAGUUGGAGCGGGUGCACCUCAACCACAACCCCUGGGUGUGCAACUGCGAUGUCCUGUGGCUCAGUUGGUGGCUCAAGGAGACAGUGCCCAGUAACACCACAUGCUGUGCCCGUUGCCACGCGCCCCCAGUCCUGAAGGGCCGCUACAUCGGUGAGCUGGACCAGAGCCACUUCACAUGCUACGCUCCCGUCAUCGUAGAGCCACCCACCGACCUCAAUGUCACAGAGGGUAUGGCCGCGGAGCUGAAGUGUCGCACUGGCACCUCCAUGACGUCUGUCAACUGGCUCACCCCAAAUGGCACCCUCAUGACCCAUGGAUCGUACCGCGUCAGGAUCUCAGUCCUUCACGACGGAACCCUGAAUUUCACCAACGUUACUGUGCAGGACACGGGCCAAUACACCUGCAUGGUGACCAACUCCGCAGGCAACACCACAGCGACUGCAGUGCUCAACGUGUCCUCCUCCGACUCCAGCAACCCCUACAGCUUCUUCACCACCGUCACUGUUGAAACCGUGGAAACAAACAAUGGUGAGGAUGCUGGGAGGCAGUACAUCAACGAAACCUACGUACCACCAGAUUACCUGGGUCCCACUUUUUCAGGAGGGGUACUGGGUAAAGGCAGGGCUGGAUUCACCAUAUCUCCAUCUCGCUCUUCUCUCCACUCUUUCUCCCCGCGUGCCACCAGAAACACUGAAAAUACAGUCACAGUGUCGAUAAUGGAUGUCACAAACAUUACUGGCCUGGACGACGUGAUGAAGACCACCAAGAUCAUCAUUGGCUGCUUUGUGGCCAUCACCUUCAUGGCAGCCGUGAUGCUUGUGGUCUUCUACAAGCUGAGGAAGCAGCACCAGCUGCACAAGCACCAUGGCCCCACCCGCGCUAUUGAGAUCAUCAACGUGGAAGACGAGAUUGGUGCCGGGGCCGGGAGCGGCAUCUCAGGGGGAUCGACCAUGCAAUCUGGGUGCGGAGGAGACGGAACAUUGAGGAUGCAUCACCCGGAAAUAGUCAACCUUCCCAACAUUGGGCGAUCAGAGCAUCUUAACCAUUACUACAAGGCCAAUCAUUUCAACAACAAUGUGAUGGGUCUGAGCAUUGGGACAGGGGCAGGAGUCGGUACUCUAAGCAACAAGAACAAUCUAUCUCCACUUAACCAGCAAGGCCAGGAUAUCCCAAUCUCCUGUACACAGGUUCCAAUCCCCUCCGCCACUUUCCAGACCAUGUCUGGAAAUGGCACCAACACCAACCCUCUUUCUGUUUCUCCACCUCUGCCAAUGUCCCUCCCCAUGCCCCCCAUGGGAUUACAUGGAUCGAUCAAGGGUUUCAUGGGCCAGAACCAGAACCCACAAAUGGAACCUCUUCUGUUCAAGGGAAACUCAAAGGAAAACGUUCAAGAGACUCAAAUUUGAGAACAAAGAGUGAGGAAAGAGAGUGCAAGGGAACGACAGAGAGGGGAUUGAUGGCUGGUUUACGCACUGAAUGAUUAGACACUACAGUGCAUUGACAUUACACCAAGAGAGAGGAUAGACUGACACCGCAAUACACAAACGCAUAGGCUGGUCAGCUAAAGUGUACUGAGCCAAGGAUUACCACAGUGGGCCACUUGUGUUUGUAGUAACGGUCACGGCAAUGGAGUUAAAUAUCGAACAUCGCUACAAUGUAAAUCUGUGCCAAAGCAAAUGUUUCUUGCAGUUUCUAUGAGUUGUAUUCACAUAGAAGAAAGUACUGUGGCUCAAUUCCCUAAGUCAUUGUUGGCCAGUCUGUCAAGACAUGCACAGCACGUACCACAUUGAAGUUUGAGUUAUGAGACAUAACAGGACUAGACAUUUCUAGUCAUUUCUCUUUUACAGAAAACACUUGUGAAAGACACUCUGGUAUAAACUCAAUAGUCUCCCUUGAGGCCGUAGGUAGGCAUAAAUGGAAGGACAAAGGGUACAGUACAGUACGAAUUACUGUGAAAAUUCACAAAUUCUAUAAGUAUAUUUUCAUUUGAGUAUGUAACAUUGCAGAUUCCAAUGCAGAGAUAUUUUGGAGGAUGUAUGAGCUGUAAUAGUUUGUUUUGUGAAUUAUCAGGGGUGGUGAUUGUGAAGGUUGAAUUAUACACUACAUAUGUUUUGAGUUUGGCUACUCAUCCAAAACAGAAGGGCUCAAUUGCAACACUCAUUGUGAUGCUAUGAAUUUGGCUUCCAUGAAUAUUGUAAAAUCGUAGGAGAGGUCCCCCAGUGUUCUGUAAGACAAGCUUUUGUCUGUGAUAACUGGACAAUUCUGUUCUGGUUUGUUUUGAGAGUAUAUCCCAUAUAUUCCAGCAGGCUACUUGAUUAUUCAAAUGAGAGCUUCAGGUGCCUGCAUGUGCCAUCAGCAAAUGCAGGUGAAAUAACUAAACAGUGAGCUAAUAUCAUGCAAAGAAUUGUAUGGGCAAUGGAAAUGUUGACAAAGUGUAAAACAACAGAUCAGUGGCAAGAUAUUUGCUAGAAGUGGGUAAUUUGUUAUGAACUCCUUUCUCAUGGUGACCAUUUUGAUGCUACAUAAUGCCGUCAACAGGGUGAUUAAAAUGCCUGUCUUUGCCAUGACAUUCAGUCGGUGUGUUCAACCACCAUAUUUGGUUUGGUGUAACAGAAAUGAAUGAUAAUAGUAUUUGGUUGUGUGACAGUUGGACAAACCACCUUUUUACAGUGUACCUUUCAUGUGUUGAUACCAUUUAAAGCUUUGUGCAUUUAAACUGUCUUCAAUUAUUUUUGCUUAGUUUGAUAUUAUGUGUACAAUUGUCUAGCCAUGUAUCAUUCACAUAAAUGAAUUAAUCAUAUAUCGAGGUCAUGGAGGUCAGUGGAAACCAAUUGAAAACAAACAAUAGUUAUAAAGAGUGGUACAGUAGGCUACAUUUUUAAAUACAGGUUGAACCUAUAUGGUAUACGAUUCACCCAUUAGUCAUCUUGGUAAUCCUAGUAUGAUGUCUGUUCUUAAAUAUCUCAUGACAGGCUUUUAGUCGUUCUAAGGAGAGAGUUACAUUGGCAUUAAAAGGACGCUUAAAGUGGCACAGAAUCCAGUUUGUCUCCUGAAAAAGCUUCCGCUUCACUUCUUAACCUCAAGAAAAUCUGAAAAUGGUUGUUGCAAUUGAGAGCGAACUGAACACGCCAACCAUACUCAAGUGGAAGAGCGAUUGUUGAGAUUAGAUGUAUGUGUAACUGUAAUAUUACACACAGCAAGUAGUAUUUUUGUAUAUGGAGGUGAUCUUGCACCAACAUGCUGCUCUGUGUGAUUUGUUAUUUCCUUUUGCUGCACCCCUCUCUCCUCGCAGAGCUGCAUACAUUUUCAGAGCUGGUGCCUUGAGUGAGUGGGGAUGGUUGGUUCUUCUGGUUACUCCCGUAAUGAGAAACAAAGGCGCAUGUUUUGGGAAAAUAAUGAUAACAUGAAUAAUAAUAUGGUCAAUUCUGAUAGAACAUAUGAUUAUAUCUGUUGUGUUAGACAUUUACAUAGGGCUUUCAUUUAGUUUGAUCAGGAUUAGUAUAUGAAAACAACAUGCAAAACUGUCGUCAACAACGGGUCAGUUUAUAGGUUGCCCAACCAAGGAACUAUGAGGGAGUUUUUCCUUUUACGUUUUACACCCAGUUUCAGUAAUUAUGGUACUUCUUCUGAAAAAGCGUGAAGUAGAAUAAUGAUAUAGUAUUUUACUAAUGUGGUCCGGCAGACACUUUUUGCGAGCAGGGUUCAACUGUUUCCCUACUGAGAUGCUACUAGAAUAUAAAUGAAGACUAAAAACUCCAACAUAUGGCUGCACUGGUGAUGUGCUACAUUUGGUAACUGCCCUGUCAGGUUUCAAAGAGCAUAUUAAAUACCUCUGAGUGUGCUACAUGAGAGUAAACCACAGAACAAGAUCUUGGAAUUAUAAUAUUUGGCCCAAUGUUUGAUGAUCAACAUCGCAAUUGUAGACAUGUCACAUUCAUACCAUUGGAGAAACUAUGUCUAUUAUUAAGCUGUAUUAUUAUUUAUACAUUUUGUAUUAUUGUUGUUAUUAUCAUUAUUAUUAUAAGGACCCUGUUACACCCUGAAAUGAAUGGUGUAGUAAAUGUCUACCCAACAGGAAUAUGAUGGAAGAAAUGCACAAC